AUGGCCUCGAGAACAACAGCACCAUGGAAGCAGCCCAACAAGUCGCCCAAGAAGAACGAUAAUAGCUUUCCCGGCCUGAAGGCGCCUGGUCCAGCUCCCACCACUACGACACAAUAUGAGGAACGGCAGCAGAAUGAGCUGCUCGUACUCAGGUCAGUCUUCCAGGAAGACUUCAUAGAUCACGAGGCUGCUCACCAUGCCUGGAAGAAAUCAGAACCUGCCUUUGAUAUCCACGUCAGGGCAACCCAGAACCCAGACUUUGCCUUGACUUUGGCCGUGGUGUUUACAGCCACGUAUCCCAGAUCACCACCACUUAUCACUGUCAAGAACCAUGAUCACCUCUAUGAGGGCACGGUCUACAAGAUUCAGAGGCUGAUCCAGACCAAGUCGAAAGCCUUCGCAGCGGAAGAGAAUGAGCUGAUUGUUGACUUGGUCGAGGACAUCAAGGACGUCCUCGAGGACGCGGCAGCUCAUCGGGCUGCUGGCCAGAAGUUGCCCUCCUUGGAGGAAGAGCGCGCAGUUCACGAAGCUGAAGCAGCCAAGUUCGCUCAGAAGGAGAAGGAGAAGGAAGACCGAAAGCAACGUGAGCUCCUGGAGAAGGAGGCGCUAGCUAUGAGGGCCAAGGUAGAGAAGGAAGUGGAGUUGCAAAAGGACCGCGAAACUACCAGGGCCAAGCAGUCCCGGAAAAAAGGUCACAGCAGCCGAUCACCCACGCGGUCUGCCGAAGACAUUUCCAGCAUCGAGCCCAUCACUUUUGAUGAGGUCUGCAACUGGACCGACGCUGCAGGCAACACCACCUCUUUCAGAGUUGUCACGGGCAUGGUACCAUAUCGGCAUGGUCCCAUAUCGACCGUGUGCGUUGUGCGACCUGCUCUCGCCGAUGGUGAUACAUGCCCAAGUCUGGCGUUGAAACAGACAAAACUACGACCCAAUGGCAGUGACAAUGCCCAGUUUUUCAAGCAGAGGCAGGAACUGGAGACGAAGCUCAGGAUCGUAAAGGAUCUCCGCGGCUCAAAGAACUCGGAGAACAUUCUGCAAGUGCUCGGCUUCCGCAUCGAAAAGGACCUCGCUGCAGAUGAAAUGCCGGAUUCCAGCACCUACACAGUCAGUGUCUUGACUCUGCUGGCGGAGAAGGGAUCUCUCGAAGACUUGUUGGAUCUUGCUGGCCAGAUUGAGGUUGCCAAGGUCAGGUCUUGGUCAAGAGAUCUUCUCGAUGCUCUGAAUUUCCUCCACAACAGCAAUGUUGUGCACGGGGACAUACACCCUAGCAACAUCCUCCUCUUCCGCGAAAGCAACGGGAACAUCGUUCCAAAGUUGGCUGACGCGAGUUUCCAGCGAGAAUUGCACACCAUACACGCAAAACGGCGUGCGAUGGCUUCAAUGAGGACUGCGAAGAGUGCAUACUGGCUACCGCCCGAGAUUGCAAGCCUAUCUGAGCCAAGUUAUACCUACAAGACCGAUAUAUGGGAUUUUGGAGUCGUCUUUCUCCAAAUGAUAUUCAGCCUGAACGUGUACCAAAAGUACUCUUCUCCCAAGGUCUUCAUGAACUCCGUGGCAAUAUCGGACUCGCUAGAGGAGCUGGUGUCCAAGUUCUUCACUUUGGAGCCAAAGAGGCGACCCAGAGCCUUCGAUCUUGCGGCAAGUGAGUUCUUGGCGAUAGAUGCUCCUGUCUAUGCCGAGAACUCAAAUGCCAUCACUUCUGGCUCGACUACCUCCUUGACCCGGGCUCUUUCAGCUGGGGCCCGACAAGACUCGAUGAUUCGUGCAGGCUCUAGAUAUCAAGAGGACUACGUGGAGGAAGGCCGCCUUGGGAAAGGCGGGUUCGGGGAAGUCGUCAAAGCUCGGAGAAAGCUCGAUGGCCAGAUAUAUGCUAUCAAAAAGAUCACACAGCGCUCCGAGGAAAGUCUCUCCAAUAUUCUUAAGGAAGUCAGACUCCUGUCUCAGUUGAGCCAUCCCGCCGUUGUCCGCUACUAUACCGCAUGGACCGAAAAUGUUCCUGAUAGUUCCACCCUUUUGGAGGACAAGUCUACCGGGGAAUUCAGUGAUGAUUUCUCCAAUGGACAGUUUGAUAUUCAGUUCACGAAUACCAAGAGUGCCGGACUGGACUUUGUAUCCUCAAGCGGUCAUCAGGACGGCGGCAUAGUAUUCGACGAUGAUUCAGAUGAGGACGAUGACCUUGGUGUAAUAGAUGAGGAAGAUUCAGAGGAUGGGGAUGAGACAGCUUCGGAUGACGAGGACGACGAUGACACUAUUGAGGACUUGGGGUCCAAUAGUGUUCGCAAUCUAGUCGAGCGGAAACGCCCUCGUAGGUUCAGUCAGCGGGGCUACCGUACGGUUAUGUAUAUAUCCAUGGAGUACUGCGAGAAGAGGACACUGCGGGACUUGAUUCAGCGAAAUCUUUCGAAGGACACACAAGAAGCCUGGCGGCUCUUUCGCCAAAUCCUCGAGGGCCUAGCACACAUUCACAGCCUUGGUAUUGUGCAUCGCGAUUUGAAACCCGAGAAUAUCUUCAUCAGCGUUGGCCCUGAAGCUGUCGACAAUGUCAAGAUUGGCGAUUUUGGUCUCGCCACCAUUGGCCAGUUAGCAGGGGACAAGAACCUCCUGUCAUCCAAUGUCGAUACUGUCGACGAGACCAGGAGCAUCGGCACCUCUGUCUACGUUGCCCCCGAGGUCCGUACUGGAGGAAGCGGUUCAUACACACCCAAAGUCGACAUGUACUCACUUGGCAUAUUCUUCUUUGAGAUGUGCUAUCCGCCUAUGCUUGGCAUGCAACGUGCCGACGUACUGACGAAGCUCCGCGCAUCACCACCAACGCUUCCGCUUGAUUUCAAGCCCAAGGAAAAGACGCAAAUCGAGAUAAUAUUAUCAUUGGUCACGCACAAUCCUAAGGAGCGUCCAUCUAGCGUUGAGCUGCUCAAGAGCGGCAAGCUGCCUGUUCAGAUGGAGAGCGAGGCGAUGAGGCGUGCUCUGGCCGGUUUGUCCGACCCGAACUCUCCAUAUUACGAGAAGAUGCUGUCCAUGCUAUUCAGCCAGCCGGUCGACCCCGCCAGGGACUAUGCGUGGGACAUGUCUACAUCCGCUACGACAGCUGCUGACUUGAUGAGGCAAUACUCGGUCAGGGAUGCAUUGACAUCAGUCUUUCGGCGGCACGGCGCUGUUGAGGUUCCAAGACAUGGCCUGUACCCACGAUCGUCCUUGUAUAACAAGAACGUGGUUCAGCUACUCGAUCAGAGCGGAACACUUGUUCAGCUGCCCUUUGACCUGACGAUGGGCCAUGCCAGAUCGUUGGCCAAGAAUGCCAAUGCCGCUGUGGUGCAGAGGUCCUACUCGUUUGGUAAUGUCUAUCGCGACAAGACCAAUGGUACUGGCGGAAGACAACCAAGCAUGUUUGGGGAGGUCGAUUUUGACAUUGUGACAACCGACACACUGGACUUUGCGCUCAAGGAAGCCGAGGUAAUCAAAGUCAUCGACGAGAUCAUACAGGUCUUCCCCUUUCUAUACUCACAGCCCAUGUCUUUUCAACUGGGCCAUUCGGACUUGCUCCAUCUGAUCUUUGACUUUUGCGGAAUCGAUUCUGGAGCUCGCCGCGCGGUUGCAGAUUGCCUCAGCAACCUGCACAUCCGCAAUACUACCUGGCAAAAGAUCCGAACUGAGCUGCGCUCACCCCUGAUUGACUCCCCCGGGAAGGCAUUCAACAAGCUCAAGGCCAUCUUCCAGGGGACUAAUCUGUAUCAGAAGGCCGCGCCGACAAUCGCCCAUCUCCGCGAAGUUGCCGAGUAUUGUAGCAAAUUCGGACUAACCCACAAAGUCUACAUCUGCCCGCUUAAUACGUGGAACGAAGUGUUCUUUUCUGGGGGGAUCAUGUUUGCCUGCCUGCUGGACAAGAAGACCAAGGACGUGUUUGCGGCAGGCGGGCGUUACGACAGUCUCAUCAAGGAGCACCGUCCACGCAUCGGGACCCAGUUUGAAGAACGCCAUGCCGUGGGCUUCACCCUGAACUGGGAGAAAUUGGCCCAGGCUCCGGCAAAAACGGGCAGCAAGGCGCAGUUGAAGCGGGCCAUGGCCGACGACGAGGGCCACGGCGUCUUUGGAGCAAAGCGGUGCGAUGUGCUGGUCGCUAGUUUCGACCCCGUCCUCUUGCGUACCUCUGGCCUCGAGAUCUUGCAGACCCUGUGGUCCCACGACAUCAGCGCCGAGCUCGCCAAGGACGCCCGCUCGCCAGAGGACCUGGCCAUGAAGCACCGCGGCGAGCAGCACUCGUGGAUCGUCAUCGUCAAGCAGGACAGCCUCAAGAUCAAGUCGCAGUCGAAGAAGGACACGCAGGACGUCGAGAUGCCCGCAUCGCGCCUCGUCCCCUGGCUCCGCGCCGAGAUCCGCGAGCGGGAGCUCCGCACCCAGGUCAAGUCGCGCGGCGCGCUCUCGCUGUCUUCGGAGCCGCCGAGCGCGACGGCGGGGCCGGAUCGGGACCGCGUCGUCCAUGUCGUCGAGGCCUCGAGCCAGGGGGGCGGCGGAGGCAAGAAGAAGGGAGGUGGCGGAGGUGGCGGCGGCGGCGGCGGUGGCAAGAAGCACGACCAGUACGCCAUCGCGGAGCAGGCGCAGGCCAGCGCGGCCAAGCUUGCCGACUCGCUGCGCGAGGGGCCCAUCGCGGCCGUCGACGCGAGCGACCAGGCGCUCGACCUCGUGCAGCGCACGUGUCUUUCGGACCUGUCGAGCUGGCGGCGGGCCGAGCAGGGCGUCAAGGCCGAGGAGAGGCCGGCGGUGCGGGAGCUGCGGGACGUGCUGGAGACGUGGGCACGGGAACACCAUCAUGCCGGGGGCCCGCGGAACGCAUUUGUGCACAGCUCGAGGACGGGCAAGUGUAUCUUGUACGACCUCGCUGCCUGA